UUAUUAAAAGCCAACAUUCUAGUUCCUUCAAGAAACUCCACUGUUUAUUAAUAAAAGACACCGGGUGUUUAUGUGAGUGUGUAAAUUUUAUCAAUCAAGAGAAAAAUGGUGAAAGCAAGGAUUGUAGGGAUUGGAAUGGACUAUUCAGCAACGAGCAAAUUAGCUUUGAAUUGGGCAAUUCAUAACCUGGUUGGAGAAGGCGAUCAGAUCAUCAUAAUUCAUGUUUCUUCUCCUAAAGCUGAUCCCACUAAUAAACAGCUUUUUGAAGAUACUGGAUCACCGUUGAUCCCUCUAUUAGAAUUUAGGGAAACUAAUGUAGCCAAACGCUAUGGUCUCACCCCUGAUCCUGAGCUUCUUGAUAUGCUUCAUACACUCUCCCACACCAAACAGGUGAAGGUGAUGGCGAAGGUGUAUUGGGGUGAUCCAAGAGACAAAUUGUGCGAUGCUGUGGAACAACUCAAACUUGAUACACUUGUACUUGGAAGCAGGGGUUUAGGAGUUCUCAAGAGGGUGUUACUUGGUAGUGUGAGUAACUACGUGGUCCAAAAUGCAAGUUGUCCGGUCACGGUCGUGAAGGGGACAACACCAAGAAAUAAGGUUAGAGAUUGUACCAAGUUAUCCAAAAUGCAUGUAUAAUUAGUUUUUGAAUCUUAUUUUCUAGAUCAAAUAUUGGAAUAUGCUUUUUUCUAGUUUGUUUUUCUUUGUUGGUGAGUUGAGCUUGUUGUAUGAAUAAGUGAUUGUAACGUACAAUUGAUUGAGGUUUGAUGUGGUGCUUAUCAUUUUCUUCUA